AUGUCGGUUCAGUUGGGCGUGUCGGGGGAGACCCUGAUCCCCCAGUCGACCGGCUAUGGCAUGCUCAUCGGGUUGGGCAUCGGGUUCUGCGGUGUCAUUCUCGCAGCCGUCAAGAUCCAAAAGGCAUACCUGGCUGAAGACUCGGGCACUUCGGAGAUGUUCAUGGUGGCCAACCGGUCUGUCGGAACUGGGCUGACGGCGUCGGCGGUCUUUUCCUCGUGGAUGUGGAUCAACGAAACGGUUUUCUCGGCGGCUUUCUGUUACAAAUUUGGCCUUGCAGUGCCCUUCUGGUGGUCAACGGGUCUCUGCUUCCAGAUCGCUCUGAUGGCGGCUCUGGGCGUCUUGGCAAAGAUCCGAGUUCCAUACGCCCACACGUCACUUGAAAUCAUUCGAAUGCGCUACGGCUGGAUUGGACACAUUGUCUUCAUCGUGCUCAAUAUCACGAACAACGUCUUUGGUUGUGCAGGCAUGAUCCUCACAGGGUCACAGCUUAUCUACGGUAUCUCGGGAAUGCACUUCGUGGCUGCAACGAUUCUCAUCCCACUUGGAGUCGUGCUUUACACCGCUGUUGGCGGAUUGAAGGCCACCUUCAUCACCGACUACCUGCACACGCUGAUUGCUCUAGUCCUCAUUAUCUACUUCACGCUCAAGGUUCUCACGCACGAUGCCGUUGGUGGUCUCGGAGGUCUCUACGACAAAGUCGUAGCGACAGCUUCGGAGAAUAUGAUCGACGGUAACUACAAGGGGUCUUUGCUUACGAUGAAGUCCCGAGAUGCAAUCAUUUGGGGCUUGAUUCUGAAGUUUGGUAACUUGGCUCUUGUUGUGAUGGACACUGCGUUCUGGCAAAAGUCUUUCGCGACAGAAGUCAACGCAACCGUUCCCGGAUACAACCUGGCGGCCGCAGCUAUCUUCGGCAUCCCAUGGGGUCUCGGCACCGUUAUUGGUCUUACCGCAAGAGCGCUUCACAACACUCCAAUUUGGCCUGCCUACCCGCAAGAAUUUACGCUGGCGCAGGUCAACGCAGGACUCGUCAUGCCUUACACCGUCAAGGCACUGAUCGGUGAUCAGGGAAUCGACGCCUUCCUAGUUUUGGUCUUCAUGGCACUGACGAGCACCGUCUCGUCAUCUAUGAUUGCAGUCAGCAGCAUCUUGUCAUUCGACGUGUACAAGACUUACAUCAACCCCAAAGCCUCAGACAAGAAGCUGGUGCACGUCAGUCAUUUGACCGUCGUCUUUCACGCAGUCUUCAUUACUGCCAUCUCACUAGCUCUGAACUACGGAGGCGCCGACAUGACAUGGAUCGGCUACUUCCGCCCGAUUCUGUCCUGUCCUGGUAUCAUUCCACUGGGUCUGACUCUGUGCUGGUCAGGUCAGACUCGCUUGGCAGCAAUCGUCUCCCCCAUCCUAGGUUUCCUCACCGGACUGGGCAUCUGGCUUGGAACAGCCCACGUAAUCUACGGCGAGAUCAACAUGAAGACAACUGAGGGGAGCUUGCCAGCCUUGUACGGGGCAACCGCUUCCUUCUUCUCACCUGCUCUGUACUCGGUCCUUCUUUCGCAAUACAAGCCUGAGAAGUUCGAUUGGAGGAGGUUUCUGCUUACAGAAAUCGCGGAGGAAGUCCAGCUGAAACAGAGCACCGAAGCAGAGAAGGACACUGACGAUGGGAAUAACUCGUCCACUUCCGAGUCACAGAGACCGGCGCCGUCCUUGCUGAGUCCUGAAAAGGCAUCGGACCCGGAACGAACCGCAGCAACGGCUGGAAACGAGAAAACCCCAGCUGCGGUGUUUUCCAGGGAUGCUAUUCUGAAUGGCGAGGUCAAUUUGGACGACGUCCGUCAUCCGUUUGACGAAGACACGAUCAAGCUGCUGUAUAAGUGGUACCGCAUUGCCUGGUACAUGUUCGUCGGCAUCGUUCUGGUCACCUUUAUUCUCUGGCCGAUGCCAUUAUAUCGCGACUACAUCUUUGAGAAGACUUUCUUCAAGAGCUGGACGACGGUGGCUAUCAUCUGGCAGUUCUUUGCUUUCUUUGCGGUUGUAGUAUACCCUCUGUAUGACGGACGCUACGAGAUUGCCCGAGGUGCAAAGGGUGUAUGGCACUCAGGGCGGGACCUUCUCCGGUCUAAGCAUUGA